CUGUCAUUUAAUUUAACUAAACUAAUGUGUUGAAGAUAAUAGAGAUGACUAUUAUGGAAAAAAACUCACUAGUGCCAUCUCAGCGUGUUGAGAAAAGGGUGACGUUAAUACCACCGGAUGGAGGUUGGGGUUGGAUGGUGUUACUGGGAGUCGCUGUGUGUAAUAUAUUUAAUCAGUCUAUGCUGUCAUUAUUUAGUUUAUUAUAUGGAGAUCAUUUAGAAGCCAUGGGUCACAAAACAUCAGGAGCAGCUAUCGUCCUAAGUACUAUGUUGUUUGUGACAAAUUUCGGCGGCCCCAUAGCCGGAGCGGUGCUUAAACUGACGUCUCCAAGAAUGGUAUCAGUUACUGGUGCAUGUUUAUGCACCUCGGGAAUAUUUCUAAGUGGUUAUUCCACUAAUAUUUAUCAUUUGAUCCUGACCUACGGCGUUUUGUUGGGUAUGGGCUUAGGGUUUGUCCAGAACGCGUCGUUCGUAGCCAUAAACAGCUACUUCAAACUGAAGAAAAGUCGCGCUGUGGGUCUGGCUAACGUGGGCACAGGUGUGGGACAGACUGUGAUGCCCCAUUUAGUGCGAUUCCUGCUAGAAAAUUACGGAUUCAGAGGCGCUUGCUUGCUGCUGUCCGGUUUGAGUUUGAAUGGGAUUGGCGGAACACUUCUAAUACAACCUGUAGAAUGGCACAUGAAAAAAGUAGAAGAAGACGUUAUUUUAGAUGAAAAGUUGCAUUUAUUACAAACUCAACAUAAAGAUAUUGUGUUAAGGAAAGAUUCUAUCACAAAAAAAGAAAUUUACAGCGGGCUGGGGCGCUCCACUGAAUCGUCUCUAGGGAAGGAAAAGCAAACUGACGGGGAUCAAAAGUUCAGUAGUAAUAAAGAAUUUACCAAUGGCGUCAAGUCAACAGAAAACGGAUUGAAUGGGAAUAACAAUACCGUCGCAGUAUCGAAGCCCAAGCAAGGUUUAGUUAAGAAGUUGUAUGAUUUAUUCGACAUUUCUCUCUUAUCGAGCCCUCGUUUUAUAAAUAUAAUUAUCGGAACCUCGCUGGCGGUAACUUCGAUACAAAAUUUCAGUAUGCUGUAUCCGUUCUUUUUACAGAAAGUUGCUGACAUGGAUAAACAACAGACGGCUAACUGCAUGUCAGCUGUGGCCCUGGCUGACAUUGCAGGCAGGCUGAUAUUGCCCGUUUUCCAGGACAAGUACAGGAUCAAGGCCAGAUGGAUGCUUAUUAUGACCAGUAUAUGGCUCAUUGUUGUAAGGCAGAUAUUGGCAUAUCAAACAAAUCAGAUGGUUCUCCUGGCUAUGUCGUCCAUUUACGGAUUUGGAAGAAGUAUGGUGAUCGUCGCAAGGAACAUUGCUAUAUCUGAACAGGUCAGAAUGGACCAAGUGCCAGCCGCCGUAGGCCUGGGCAUGUUGACCAUGGGCAUAAUCGUACCCCCUGCGGGCUAUUUCCUUGGAUGGAUCAGAGACUAUACCGGAAGCUUCGUUGCCAGUAUAACAGCACAGAACUUAUUAUUGGUGGUCCUUUUAGCUACCUGGAUACCUGAUAUGCUGUUAUUGAGAAAAAGUGAGAAACAAAAGAAGAAAAAAGAACAAGAACUUAUAAGAAUGACGUAACUAGAAUGUAAUUUGAGUUAUUGAAAAUUGCCGAACAAAAUGCAUUGAGAUAGGUACCUAGCUAUUAGAUAGGAAAAGUAGGUACUUAUGCGGCAGCUUCAUCUUCAUCAUCUUCCUCGCGUUGUCCCGGCAUUUUGCCACGGCUCAUGGGAGCCUGGGGUCCGCUUGGCAACUAAUCCCAAGAAUUGGUGUAGGCACUAGUUUUUACGAAAGCGACUGCCAUCUGACCUUCCAACCCAGAGGGUAAACUAGGCCUUAUUGGGAUUAGUCCGGUUUCCUCACGAUGUUUUCCUUCACCGAAAAGCGACUGGUAAUUUAUCAAAUGAUAUUUCGUACAUAAGUUCCGAAAAACUCAUUGGUACGAGCCGGGGUUCGAACCCGCGACCUCCAGAUUGAAAGUCGCACGCUCUUACCGCUAGGCCACCAGCGCUCCUUACUUAUGCGGCAGCUUUAUAUGAUGAGAUUUAUUAUUUUGAGUGUAGUAGGUAGUUAACUAACUAUUUAUUUCAGUGUGUCCGAGUGUUUUAUGUAAAAAAUACGCCACACGUGCGAAAAAAGUUGCAUUUAUUUAAUUCCUAAUUGAGUUCUUAUAGUUAAGAAGUAUUUUUAAUAUUUUAUUAUAAUAAAAUCAUGGUAACACAUUAUGACGCUAGAUUAUAAAAAAAUAUAAAUGUCAAAAGAAAUACUAUUUCUAAUUAUAUUUCAUACAAAGAUGGUUCAUUGAAACCGGCUGUGAAAUUAGUCUGUUCAGUGUUAUUUGUAAGUAACUAACCUAAUUUGUUUUAUGUGGUGAUACCAGUUGUAUACAAGUCUUAAUAAAUAAAUAUUUUAGCAAGUAAAUAUUUAAUCUAGGUAAUGUAUGUGAUGUUAAUAUAGCUAGUCCAAUAUAUAGGUUUUAUUAGUGAGUAUUUGUAAAAAAAUAUACAUGACUGUCUGUUUUUUCUAUA